AUGGACAAGCGCGCCACGAGGUCAGCCGCUACCGAACAAGCCUCCGGCACGGCACGGUCUACCAGGUCGACGAAGACCUCCGCAGCCGCAGGCGGCUCGAAGAAAUCGACUAAGCCUACAAAAGGCAAGGCAAAUGAAGCGGUCGCCAAGAAGAAGGUACAGAAGAGUAAGGAGGCAGAGAAGGAAGAACAUACCACCAACGUACGCAAGAGGGCAUUGAAGAUGAUGAACGAAGAGGAAUUACCGGCCGAUGAAGAGCCACGAAAAGCAAAAAAAAAGAGGCGUGCUGGUACGGAGGCCGAGGCAGACGUCGACGAACAGGAUAAGCCGGUCGAAGACACUCCGGAGGAUGUGGAGAUGGAGGAUGUGGCGACUAAGCAGAGUAAAUCCAUUCGACCCAAACCUAAGCCGGCGUACGGGAAAUUUGCAAAAGACAGAACUGCUUUGGAUGCCGGCGAGGAAGAUAUUGUGCGGUCAUUGGGCGGUGGUCGCCGUCAAACUGGGGACAAGGCGAGUGGGAAGGACAAGGGUAAGGCUAAAGCGACACGCAAGGACGAAGCAGUCGAAUCUACCGACGAAAGCGAGGAGGGCGAUGGUAAGGUUGACGGUGUCGAGAUAGAGAAUGAGGACAAAGACGAGGAAGAACGCGAAGACGAAGGCGGAGACGGCGAUGGUGAGGAUGAAGCCGAGGUGGAGAGCAGGUCUGAAAAGGGGGAGGACGAUGAUAUGAUCGAGGAGCAGGACGAGGAGGACGAGGGCGACGUUAUACUGCUGUCUGAAACCAAGGCCAAUCAGAAGAGUGAUCGUGACAAGCUGACGGCCGGUGAAGGCGAAACUAGCCGUCGCGUCAAGGUCGCCGACUUGCCGAAUAGCGUCAAAUCUCUCGUCUCGGCAGCGCAGAAUUGCCUGUGUCUGCGCAUUGCCCUCAACUCUGCAUGGACGCAGGAAGCAUCCGUCACGUCGCAGCGACUCCCCACCAGCUUCAAAUUGGUCAAGGAUAGCCUCGACGAUACACUUACAGGACGCGGUAAGAAUGACCAACCUAACGCUGCAAUGGAGGAAGCACUGCAGUUGCUGCAGGACGACCGGAAGAAAGUCAGGCUUUCGAAGAAGGAACGAGAGGAACGAGAGGCAAUGGAGGCAAUGAGAAAGAAGGUGUACACUGUGGUCUGGACGUGCGCAUCACAGAUGCGGAACGAGCUGAAGAAAAAGGCCAAACAAGUAGUUGAGCAAGUCUUCAAGUUCGGCGGUCUGUCUGUCGCUCAACGCACAGAGGCUGCCUUCUGGCUUCUCGAGACACACCCUACAGUCGUGAGCGAUGGCACAAAAAAACGCGGCAUCCCCAACUUCGUCUUCGGGGGCAUCGAAAUCCAUUUCGAUCGGAAGAAGAAGCUGGACCGGGAGCGUACGAAGGUCGAGCCGAAGGAGCCCUUCCGGGAUGAAAGCAUCCCGGAGCUUAUCUACCAGUACUACGGCCUGGCCGGUCGCCCUGAUGCGAGCAUCAAUGCGGCGCUGGAUGACUUCAGGAAAGUCCCACUUAAUCUCAUAGCCGUCUCGUGUAAUGCGAGUCAGCACUGA